UUGGACGCUGAUGCCAAGUUCCUGCUGGACACGUACGAUAUUUACGUUGUACCCGUGGCCAACCCGGACGGCUAUGAGUACAGCCAUACUUCAUCCCGACUUUGGAGGAAGAAUCGUUCCAUCCCUCGCAACGGUUGCCGUGGUAUUGACCUAAACAGGAACUUCGACGCUUUCUGGGGAAUUUUAGCGGAAGUGGCUGUACUUGUGCUUUCCGCGGGCGUCAGCAACAACUGCAACAGCGACGUCUACUGCGGCCCGUCCGUGUUCUCUGAGGCGGAGGCCCAGGGCAUCAGAAACAAAGUAGCGGAGAUCAACGCCGGGGGUCAACGACUGCACGCCUACCUCGCAGUUCACUCCUACUCUCAGCUUGUACUUACGCCGUAUUCGUACGACUACGUCAAACCAGACAACUUUGCUGAAGUCGAAUCGGCUGCAGCUGAGAUGACGAAGGCCCUGAAGCUCCCCUUCAACACAGACUACAUCUGGGGACAUGGACCAACCACUCUGUAUCCCGUGGCCGGGGCUAGCGACGACUGGGGCAUGCUUGGGGGAGGAGCCCGAUACACCUACACCUAUGAACUCCGCCCCAAGGAAGCCAACUUUGAGAUCAGCCCCGACAAUAUCAUUCCCAACGGCUAUGAGUUCUGGCUCUCAGUUGUUGCUUUGGGUUGCAACAUGAAUGGAAUCUCGGCAACAUGUAAUUUCUAAAUUCUGCUAUUUACCUGUAAGGAAGUACAGAGUCAGUGCAUUCUAUAAUUUGGUCAUUAUUAUCAAAGCUCUUACAUACAUGAUCUUAAAAUAAAAUUAUUAGUGAAUGAC